GCUGCCAUUUUGAAUAGAAUAAUAUAUAGUAUUAUUUUGUGUGUUUGUUUAUACUUCUCAUAUUAUUUUAAAUAGAAUGGAAACUGAGGUAACACAAGGAAAAUCAAAAGCAGUUUGGGAUUCAACAACACAUGAGAAAUGGAUUGAUUUAGUUGUAGAACAAGUGAGAGCUGGCAAUAGAAAUGGAUCACAUUUAAGCAAAUUAGGUUGGAAAAUUUUCAUUGAAAAAUUUAAUUUAAAGACGGGUAGAAAUUAUGAUCGAAAACAAAUGAAAAAUCAUUGGGAUAAUGUUAAAAAGGAGUGGCAGUUGUGGGAUUCAUUACUUAGAGGAGAGACUGGACUUGGUUGGGACAUGCAAAGGCAAACAGUUGAUGCUCCUAAUGAAUGGUGGGAGGAAAAGUUACAAGUAGGUUUUUAUAAGUAUCCUGAUGCUGCUAAAUUUCGAGUGAGAGGUUUAGAACAUUCUUUCAAGCUGGAUGAGUUGUUUAGAGAUGUUACCGAUACAGGGGCUAGAGCUUGGGCACCAACUUCUGGUUCACUUCCUCCUUUAUACACAGAGGAUCAUAAUGAUAUAGAGAUCGAUGAGAAUUCAGAGGAAAGUGACCAUGAGAGAGUGUGUCAACAAAUAAGAAAAGAGAAGAAUUUACUUGACCCAAAUAAGAAGCAAUUUAAGAAGGGAAAAAGAAAUAAUUUUACAACAGCAAAGUUGUCCAAACAACUUGAUGAAAUUUGUGAGGCAAUAAAAAAUAGGAGCUCAUACAUACGUACCGAUCCUCCUGGAUGUAGUGUUCAAGAAGUGAUGGAUAAAUUAGCUACACUUCCAGGUUGUGAACUAAUGAGCCCUCUAUUCAAAGUUGGUACUAAUUUAUUCAUGAAGAAAGCAAAUAGGGAAAUUUUUGUUGCUUUGAAGGAGCCUAAAUAUCAAAUUGAAUGGCUGAAAGAACAGGAUUUGAACUUCUAAAUUAGAUGUUAUUUCUUUUUACUUGUUUGAAUAUUGUGGUUUGUUUAGUUUAUUUUAUUUUAUUUCUUAAACAACUUGGUUUAUUUGAUUUCUUUGAAUAAUAUUAUUUGUUUUAUUUCAAAAAUAUUUGAAUUAUAUAUUUACAUAUUUAUUCUAUAGCAGAAUGGAUAGUGAUUCAGAUACAGAGGAGAUAAAUGAAGAAUGUAUACAACAAGCUAUAACUGAAGAAAUGGAAAUUGAUGAGCUGGUCAUUAUCGUUACAAGAACAUCACUAUAUUACCAUAAUAACUUUUUGGUUAAGGAGCCAUGUAGAAAUUCACCUCACACUGGUUGGAAAUUUAUGAUGGAAAUACUUAAUGGAAAUGAUCGACGUUGUCAUGAGAUGUUUCGAAUGGAAAACAUGUUUUUUGUAAACUAUGUGAUAGAUUGAGAAGUUAUGGGUUAAAGUCCAGUAAAGGGUUGAGACUAGAAGAGUCGGUUGGUAUGUUUAUGAUGAUUUUAGGACAUGGAGCAGGUAAUAGAAUGAUUCAAGAGCAUUUUCAACAUUCAGGUGAAACUGUUAGUAGACAAUUUACAAAUGUAUUGGAAAAAAAUGAGUAUGCUUGCUUUGGAUGAAAUCAAACCACCUGAAAAUUUUGACGAAGUCUCGUAUUAUAUACGAAAUAAUUCAAGAUAUUGGCCCUACUUUAAGGUAAUAUUGUAACGUCCCCGCUUCAAGCCUCCAUUGGAUCCUUACACCCACGGAUUAAUGGCUCUUAUACACGAGUACGCCACUCUGGCUGCUUCCUGGAUUGAUGACUGACCCUACAGACCAACACAAGUGUUUCCAGCGUGCUUUGUCCUCACUCACACGCAUCUUGGGAAAACUUCCCAGGAGGUCACCCAUCCUUGAAAUUGCUCCAGGCCAAGCACGCUUAACUGUGGAGUUCUUUCGAGAUGGGCUACCGAAAAACAAGAUGCACCUUGUUGAUAUAGGUAGUACCAAUCAAUCCAUUUAAGCCCUCUUCAACUGUGUAGUCUCAUACCUACACAGUCUCAGAAUCAUCCCACUUGACCUUCCCCAGGCGGUGUGGGAUUGCACAGCUUACCCGGUAUUUCCCCUUACGGAUCACGGGACUACUGACUGUCACAAUCACCCCCCCUUACGGGGUCCGACGUCCUCGUCGACCACACUUCCGGCUGGGUCAAGGCUCUGAUACCAUUUGUAACGUCCCCGCUUCAAGCCUCCAUUGGACCCUUACACCCACAGAUUAAUGGCUCUUAUACACGAGUACGCCACUCUGGCUGCUUCCUGGAUUGAUGACUGACCCUACAGACCAACACAAGUGUUUCCAGCGUGCUUUGUCCUCACUCACACGCAUCUUGGGAAAACUUCCCAGGAGGUCACCCAUCCUUGAAAUUGCUCCAGGCCAAGCACGCUUAACUGUGGAGUUCUUUCGAGAU